UGACGUCAUUCAGCAACAUGGCGGACUGGAACAGAGGUCAUGGCUCUGUUGACGACAUGCUGGACACUGAGAACAAACGUCUAGCAGAGAAUCUGUCUGCUAAAGUCUCCAGACUGAAAUCUCUGGCGUACGACAUCGACAGAGAAGCUGAUGAUCAGAACGAGUAUCUGGACGGCAUGGACUCAAACUUCAUGAGUGCGACGGGCCUGUUGACCGGCAGCGUGAAGCGGUUCUCCACCAUGGUCCGAUCGGGUCGAGACAACCGGCGGAUCCUCUGCUACGUCUCCGUUGGUCUGGUCCUGGUCUUCUUCCUGCUCUACUACCUGAUCUCCAGGAUCCAGCGCUGACACCAGAACCGGUCCAGAUGCUGUAGACUCUGUUGUUCUAUCUGAGAGGUUUUUGUCC